GGCUUCUCUCCAGGGCCAGGACGCAGUUCUUCUCCCGCAUCGCCCUCUCUAACUGAUGGACUGAAGGUUUCCAAGGUAACCGCGCAGUAAGGCGGGUCUUAGGAGAUGGGAAAUGGAUCCCGGAAGUGACGCUCUUACCCUGCGCCGGCGGGAAGAGGGUUUGAAGAUGGCGGCCCGCAGGGGACAGCGACGCACAUGUAUUACUGAAGAGUCUAUGGAGACCGAAUCUCGCGACCCAGAUUCCAAGGGCCCGGCCCAGGUCUAUCUUCCCGGCCGGGGUCCUCCGCUGCGCGAAGGGGAGGAGCUGGUCAUGGAUGAGGAGGCUUAUGUGCUGUACCACCGUGCGCAGACUGGCGCCCCCUGUCUUAGCUUCGAUAUAAUCCGAGAUCAACUGGGGGACAACAGGACAGAGCUUCCUCUUACACUAUAUCUGUGUGCGGGGACCCAAGCGGACAGCGCCCAGAGCAACAGACUGAUGGUGCUUCGGAUGCACAAUUUACACGGCACCAAGUCCCCUCCCUCAGAGGGCAGCGAGGAAGAGGAAGAGGAAGAUGAAGAGGAUGAAGAAGAGCGGAAGCCACAGCUGGAGCUGGCCAUGGUGCCCCACUACGGUGGCAUCAACCGGGUGCGGGUGUCCUGGCUGAGUGAGGAGGAGCCUGUCGUGGCCGUGUGGUCAGAGAAAGGCCAGGUGGAAGUGUUCGCGCUGCGGAGGCUCCUGCAGGUGGUGGACGACCCCCAGGCCCUGGCGGUCUUCCUCCGGGAUGAGCAGACACGAGUAAAGCCUGUCUUCACUUUUGCUGGCCAUAUGGGGGAGGGCUUUGCCCUUGACUGGUCCCCCCGGGUGCCAGGUCGCUUGCUGACAGGUGACUGUCAGAAGAACAUCCAUCUCUGGACACCUACAGAUGGUGGCUCCUGGCAUGUAGACCAGCGGCCAUUCGUGGGCCACACGCGCUCCGUGGAGGACCUGCAGUGGUCCCCAACUGAGGACACGGUAUUCGCCUCCUGCUCAGCUGAUGCCUCCAUUCGCAUAUGGGACAUCCGCGCAGCCCCCGGGAAGGCCUGCAUGCUCACCACGGCUACCGCUCACCAGGGGGAUGUCAACGUCAUCAGCUGGAGCCGCCGAGAGCCCUUCCUGCUCAGUGGUGGGGAUGAUGGGGUCCUCAAGGUGUGGGACCUGCGACAGUUCAAGUCCGGCUCCCCUGUGGCCACCUUCAAGCAGCACGUGGCCCCUGUGACCUCCGUUGAGUGGCAUCCGCACGACAGUGGGGUCUUCGCAGCCUCCGGCGCAGAUAACCAGAUCACACAGUGGGACCUGGCUGUGGAGCGGGACCCCGAGGCGGGCGAGGUGGAGGCUGACCCGGGGCUGGCGGAGCUGCCGCAGCAGCUGCUGUUUGUGCACCAGGGCGAGACAGACCUGAAGGAGCUGCACUGGCACCCACAGUGCCCGGGCCUCCUGGUCAGCACCGCCCUGUCGGGCUUCACCGUCUUCCGUACCAUCAGCGUCUGAAGAGGCCUUGCACCGUGAAAAUGACAUUGGAGCUGGUCCCCUGAGAGGGGUUCAUUUGGGCCUGUUGACCAGACCCCCAGAAGAGGGGGCUCCCAUGGAUUCUGUGGGCUCUUGUUCUCCCAAAGGACUUGGUUUGACCCAUGGCCUUGUGUAGCCAUUCGCACCAAAGACCGCCUCACCUGGCAGAGGGCUCCGCUAGCCUCGUGUUGCCUGAGUGUUCGAUUCUUGUCACUUUGCUUCCUGCUCUCUUCACCUCUGUCCUGGCUCCACGCUCGGCUGCUGCCUUCCCCGGGGACUGGGGCUUGCCCUGGCCGGAGCGUGCUUCUCAGGUGGGUUCCUCCUGCCACCUGAGCUGAGCCGAGAUUUCCCAGUGCUUUCCUGGAGCAGAAGCCAGGGCUCCUGAAUGGCAAUAAAGGACCAGACCAAGGCCUGA